UUUCUUUCUUUCCUUUCCUUUCCUUUCCUUUCCCUCCCUCCGCCGCCGUCCAAUAAUUCACACUACAAACUAGCAAACGUCACUGCUUUCGCCUCCCACCUCCCCAAUUUCUCUUCCCCCACCGCCUAACCCCCCAAACUUAUAUAUAAUGCCGAUCAGUUCCCCAAUUUCAGUAUCAGUCAUCAGCAAAAGAAAAGAGAGAAAGAAAGAAAUCAACAAAACAACAAGAAGCUUACUUAAACAAUGGCGGGCUCUGUGACAGAAAUGGAGAACAAGCAGGUGGUGCUGACGGAGUACGUGACCGGAUUCCCUAAGGAAUCGCACCUAGCCGUCCGCAAUGGUGGAAAGAUUCAGCUCAAGGCUCCACAAGGCUCGGUUUUGGUGAAGAACCUUUACCUCUCCUGCGAUCCGUACAUGCGCGGCCGCAUGUCUCCUCCCAAGGCCGGCGGCGAUCCCAACUUCGCCUCCUUCACCCCUGGCUCUCCGAUACAAGGGUUUGGAGUGGGCAAAGUGGUGGAUUCAGGAGUGGCAGAAUUCAAAUCUGGAGAUUUUGUAUGGGGAGUGACUAGCUGGGAAGAAUACAGCAUCAUCUCAAACACUAAAACCCUGUUCAAGAUUACCAACACAGAAGAUGUUCCCCUUUCCUAUUAUACCGGUCUCCUUGGUAAGCAUGAAAUUGAAAUGCUUGCCUUAAUACGAUCUAUUCCUGGACUUCUCCCGACAGCUCGAUCUAUUCGCGCGAUGGUUGUGAUUAUCUUCUUUGUUUGAUCAUUUUUGGUGUAAUGGUGGUAGGUAUGCCUGGUGUGACUGCAUAUUUCGGGUUCCAUGACGUUUGUGCACCCAAGAAAGGAGAGUAUGUCUUUGUUUCAGCAGCAUCUGGUGCAGUUGGCCAGCUGGUUGGCCAAUUUGCAAAGCUGGCCGGUUGCUACGUCGUUGGAAGCGCUGGAAGCAAACAAAAGGUUGAGCUGCUCAAGUCCAAGUUUGGGUUCGAUGAGGCGUUCAACUACAAAGAGGAGAAUGACUUGGAUGCAGCUCUCAAAAGGUACUUCCCUGAGGGCAUCGACAUCUACUUCGAGAACGUGGGUGGCAAAAUGCUUGAUGCAGUCCUUUCCAACAUACGAGUCCAUGGGCGAAUUGCAGUUUGUGGAAUGAUCUCCCAGUACAACCUAGAGCAUCAUGAAGGCGUUCACAACCUAGCUGCAAUGAUAUACAAGCGUGUUCGGAUGCAAGGUUUUGUGUCGUUUGAUUACUUCGCCCGAUACUCUGAGCUCUUGGAUGAUGUUGUGCCUUACGUGAAAGAAGGGAAGAUUGCUUAUGUGGAAGACGUAGCUGAAGGUCUGGAGAACGGCCCUGCUGCCCUUGUGGGACUCUUCAGUGGCCGCAACGUUGGGAAGCAAGUUGUGGCAGUGGCUCAUGAGUGAGCUUGGUUUUGUAAUUGUGAUUUCAGUGCAAUUAUUAUUCUAAUUUGUGUUUAGUUAUGGUUUCUCUGCUACAUUGUUCAUGUAAGGGCGGGCUUGGAAUAUAUUUAAAUAGAAAAUAAAACAAAUCGAUUCAUAUAAUUCAAGGAACAGAGGAGAAAAGCUUACAGCUCUUACUUCCCAAUCCCAUAAUCAAGAGAGCUCAGAGCAAACAUUUCACAAAUCAAC